GCAUGUUUUCCACGUUACUUCAUGCGGUUCUCAUGCGAUGUCAGCCUUUUUGGGCGAUCUGAGCAUUGUCCGUUCCUCAUGCCUUCCACCACUUCGGCUGCUUGCAGUGCCUAUGCCACUGGGAUCCAGGGAAGGCCGUGGCGGCACCGGCCACCGCGGUGGGCGCUUUCUGUGUGCGGCGAUUGCAGCGCCCGUCGUGCUGGGAUGCUGGACAGUGAGGCGGCGAAGCAGGCAAAGCAUGCGAAGCAGUGAGCAGCCUGAGUGGGUGCCAACAAAGGAAGUCUUGGCAGAGCUGGCCUCAUCUGAGCGUCCCAUCGGCCACUUGGGGCACUUGGCUGUCACCGACAUUUGUGCCGACAGUGUCCCUCCCAAUUGGACUUCCGUUUGUUCUGGAGUGGACUGCAACGCUACUAUUGCUUGAGGGAAGCUGACAGUGAGACAUGCACUAUUUGCGAGCUCCGUUCACCCACGAGCUUAGGGAGGCGGAGAGACGAUUUCAUUUGAAGAUCAACGGGGAGGUUCAGCGCUUCAUGGUGAAUGAGCUUCCCUUCUCAGAGGGCAAACUUGGAGGGCACCUUUGGGACGGUGGGAUCCUUAUGUCCGCUUGGUGCGCAUCGCACGAAGAUCUUUUUGGAGGUGAAGAGGUCUUGGAGCUGGGCUCAGGCAUCGGACUCUUGGGCAUCACUGUGAGCUGUCUGGCCAGCUCGGUUGUUCUCUCAGACUUCGGCCCGACUGGAGAGGAGGAUGGAAGACUGGUGCCUCCAGGAUUGCUGGACAACUUGCGCCAGAACGUUGUCCUGAACAAAAUUACAAAUGCAGAGGUCAAGCACAUCGACUGGCAUGACUUCCUUCACAUCUCAUCCGCCGCCACCUUCCGCCGCCUCAUCGCAGCGGACGUGGUCUACUACUCAGCAGACUUACCAGCCCUGGCUGCCACCAUUGGCGCACAUUUGUGUGAAGGAGGCCGCGCCGACAUCCUAACCGUGCGCCGUGACUGGCGUGGACCUUUGGCCUCUGAGCGCGCUACUGCGGAGGACCUGGCAGCGGCCUUGACAGUUUACGGUCAUGUCACUGUCACCGAGCUUCUAGGCUAUUGCUGCACCUUUGAGGAAGUGCCCUUGGCACUAAUCACCUUGACUCGAGACUCAAGAGUGGAGAGCCGAGACAAAAGGCAUGAUCUGCGAAUGCCGGAGCUGGAUUUGCAUCACCAGGCUCCUGAAGAAAAGAAGAAGGGCACCAGUAGUGGUGGCAAGAAGAAGGGCCACCGUAAGAAAAGCACUGAGAUCCUGAAUGUCCCUCAAGCUGUCCGAGGAUCCCGGCAAUUUCAAGCACUGUUGAGAGGGAGUCAGGAAUUUGGCGAGCUGGGUUUGUUGAUGAACAAUGACCGGCUCUAUAAAUACCUCAACCAGUCUUCCCUUCACUGGAAUGACCUGUACAAGUUUGCAGGGCCCAAGCUUCGAGUGGAUGUGGAGAUGCUCGCAGCUGCCAAUCCUGAGCACUUUGGGUGA